UCUAGAAGAAGAGAUCAAAGGCUAUAUAUCAAGACACCCACUUCUCUCACCUUCUCUAAAUUCAGUCACAAAAUCUCUCCUUUCUUCAAUUCAUCUUAUCAUCCUCCUUCAGCUAUGCCAAUGAAGAUUUUUUCAUCUUUAUUCAUAGUCUUCCUUCUCCUCCUACAGGCUUUUGCAGAAGCAUCAAUAGAUAAUGCUGUCAAUUCUGAGACUAAUAUGAACGAGGGAGGUGAUCACAUAGCUGCUCUCAACAAAAAUUAUCACCACCCCAAGAUCAAUUGUCACUUUGCAUGUUCGAGGAGAUGCAGGAAAGCAUCAAGACAGAAGAUUUGCACUCGAGCAUGCGGCACCUGCUGCAUGAGGUGCAAUUGUGUACCGCCGGGGACUUACGGGAAUAAGAAUGCUUGCCCUUGUUAUGCCAGCCUCAGAACCCACGGAAACAAGCCAAAAUGCCCUUGAUCGAUCUUCUUCAGCUAGUUACGUUACUGUAUUAUUUAAUUUCUACCAUGAGUAGAUGAGUUUAGGUAUUUAUUUUCAGUGUUUCAUGGCUUCUUGCCAUGCAAAUCAUGGUUAUGCAUAUAUGCUAGGAGGGGCGUCAAUAGCAUUUAUGGUGAAUAAAGAAAAGAAAUUUAUGUAAUUAUAAUGUCUUUAUAUUAAUAUACUGUAUAUAUAUAUAUAUUGUAACAUCUGAUGGAGAAAUAAGAUUCUGUGAAGGCAAGUUGA